AUGAACUUGUAUUGUGUUCUAAAGAGUAUUGAAGGGUAUUUCGCACACGAAGAAAAAAACAUUUGCGACAAAUUCUACUUUUGCGUUGACGGUAAAUUCAAUCAGAUAAUCUGUCCAAAUGGUCUAGUGUACAAUGAAAACGCUGGCAUAUGCUCUUGGCCCGACGAAGCCAAACGUAAAGGAUGUACCUCCGAAGAUGUGUUCGCAUUCGACUGCCCCAAAGUGCCUGAAAGCGUAGGACUUACACAUCCGAGAUACGCAGACCCUGAAGACUGUCAAUUUUUCUACGUCUGCAUCAACGGCAACGCACCUAGAAGAAACGGAUGUAAACUUGGCCAGGUGUUUGAUGAUGUCACCAAACGCUGCGAUUGGGCGAAAAACGUACCCGAAUGCGCCGAUUGGUACAAGGGACGUCUGACUGAGCAACAAUUGAAAGACUUGGAGAGUCCCCCAACGCCCCGACCUAAAGCUACGAAAGGCAAAAGGAAGAACAGGCCACGAGUAGUAGAAGCAGAGGAAGAUUGA